AUGGCAAAUAACCUCAUCGCAGAGCUCUCCCAGCACCUCAACGCCCGGCAUCUCUACCCCACCGCCGCAUGGCUGCAAAGCUUUGUCUCGACCACCCGCCCAAACACACCUCUCCCCGCGCUGAAACAGACGGCCCUCUUCCGUCUCCUAGCCACCGAUAUCACCACCUCGCUCUCUCCGCCGCCGAGCACCGUCUUCCCCAGCGACGUUCUGAACGCAAAUAUCCAGUCUCGCCAUGUCGCCGGCCCGAUACUCUGUCAAGUCCUCGACAUAGAAGACAUUGGCCUCUCGCGGUGGUCGCAGGUCGAGUCAAUUGAGGCGAAAGAGCGGGGCGAGGCAACCAAGGGCCGAGAAAUCGUGCGUGUGGUGGAGCAGGAGAACGACUACGAGAACGGGUCCGGAGCGGUCGCGGCUGCCAUACAGAGCAAAGGGCCCUUCAAGCUGCUGCUGCAGGAUGCGAAGGGCGCCAAAGUCUAUGCGCUGGAUUUAAGAGGCAUCGAGGGGAUUAGCACGGGUAUGACGAUGGGCGUCAAGCUUGUGCUGAGGAAUGUGGACGUCCGGAGGGCUGUGGUUAUGCUGGAGCCUGGCCAAGUGCAGCUUUUGGGUGGGAAGAUGGAGGCGCUUGACAAGGCGUGGAAGGAGGGGCGGAAAGAGCGGCUGAUGAAUGCUGCCAAGGCUGUAGGCUGA